AUGGCUUUGGCGCAUGCAUCCCAAGAAGAUGAAUCAGGGGAGUUGAGUAAGCCCAUUUUCCCUUUUUGGGGUCCGAAGUACGUUAUAAAAGAAGCUAUAUUCAAAAGGGGGGGCGGGCUAUUCUUAAUCUUGGAUUCUGGGGAUCCUAGGAAUGAGGCUCAGUUGCUCAGCUUGUUGGAGGCGUCUGCAGAAGCUCAAGGCUUCGAUGUUUUCAUUUCGCACACCUGGGCAACGCCUGGAUAUCAGAAGUUUCUUUCUUUGCUUCUCAGUACAUACUGGCACUACGCAAUUGCAGGGUGGCUUUUUGCGGCCAUUUUGCUGACGAUUCUUUACAGUUUUCACGUGCUGCCCCAGUUUGUUCUGAUCCGGAGCAACAUGAGCGGCUAUUCUGUCGACGUUCCAUGUGGACCAUGGAUUCUACUCUCAACAUUUCUGUCUGCAAUCUGCGGCCUCUUUUGUGCGCCUUACCUAGCCUCUUGCUCUGGCCGUACCUCAAGAUGCUUCUACGAUGCAGCUUGUGUGAACCAAGUGGAUCCAGUUCAGCGGGAACGCGGCAUCUAUGGAAUUGGUGGCUUUUUGGCUCUUUCUGGGCAACUGUGGAUCUUGUGGAGUCCACCCUACCUCUCGCGCUUGUGGUGUGUCUUUGAAAUUGCUGCCUUCCGUACGGCGAACCCGCAAGGGAAGAUCAAGAUCCAGCCUUUGUUCGUGGAGCGCGAUAUCUUAGCCGUUCCUGGUCAGCAAUAG